AUUCAUAUCCUUCUGCCCGCCUCCUAAGACAAGUUUAAGUUGCACUUCAGGCUUUCCACUGUCAGAGGUCAGCGCUUCAGCAGCCGCGGCAGUGCCGAUGAUAUCCUGAACAUCAAAUCAGCUCCUGACAGUAUGCAUCCUAGGUCUUUCACUUCCCAAAAGCGGGCGUUGCUAGGCUUUUCAUUCGCGCUCGUGACUAGUUCUCGCAGCCAUUUAGGAUGUACGGAUUCUCUAGAUGCCAGACACCGUUUUUAUGGUAGUUCAGGUAGACCGGCUUUCCAGAAAGGCUUUAGCGAUGUACGGUCUUGUGCUCAUAUAGACCUAUGCUUACAGACGCGGUGCCUCCGUUCAAAACAGAUGAGGGUCGUGGAUCACUAGGUGGUAUUAUUAUUAGCUGCAAUCCCAAUGGUGCUUUCCGUUAUUCUGCCGCCAAAAUCGAAGAAAAAAAAAGGUCAGUGCAAGUGGACAAAUGGAUGAUGCAAACGUCAUU